ACCCACCUUCCUGAAUUUGGUCAUUUUUUUCCGUCUUUGGAGGAAUGAAGAGGAACAAUUUAUCUCUUGUGAAUAAAAUCGUCCGGUCUUCACCAGCAGUGAAACAACCAAAAGUUGGCUUCUUCUCUUCUCUCAAUCACAACCACAUGCACACUGUCCUUCUAGACUGGGGGAGUUUGCCUCACUAUGUAGUAUUACGCAUUUUUCAGUAUCUUCCUUUAAUAGAUCGGGCCCGUGCGUCUUCAGUUUGUAGGAAAUGGAAUGAAGUUUUUCAUAUUCCUGACCUUUGGAGAAAGUUUGAAUUUGAACUGAACCAGUCAGCGACUUCCUAUUUUAAGUCCACACAUCCUGAUCUCAUUCAGCAGAUCAUUAAAAAGCAUGCUACCCAUCUCCAGUAUGUUAGCUUUAAGGUGGAUAGUAGUACUGAAUCAGCGGAAGCUGCCUGCGAUAUACUUUCUCAGCUGGUAAAUUGUUCUAUCCAGACCUUGGGCUUGAUUUCAACAGCCAAGCCAAGUUUUAUGAAUGUGUAAGCACUUACAGUUGUCUUUGUCAACUCAAAAUCAUUAUCAUCGAUCAAAAUUGAAGACACACCAGUGGAUGAUCCUUCAUUGAAAAUUCUUGUGGCCAAUAAUAGUGAUACCCUAAGACUCCUAAAAAUGAGUAGCUGUCCGCAUGUUUCCUCUGAUGGAAUCCUUUGUGUAGCUGAUCGCUGUCAAGGCCUUAGAGAACUGGCAUUGAAUUAUUACAUUCUAAGUGAUGAAUUUCUCCUAGCACUUUCAAGUGAAACUCAUGUUAACCUAGAGCAUCUUCGAAUUGAUGUCGUGAGUGAAAAUCCUGGGCAAAUUGAAUUUCAUUCUAUUAAAAAACAAAGUUGG